CAACUCCCCUAUGGGCUUUUAUUAUCAUGAAGUUGUUUUAAAAAAUGUCCUAUUUGGUACCCAAAUGAAGAUCCAGUUAAAUUUUCAAUGCAAAAAAAAAUUAGUUAUACACAUUGCAUUUCACAUCAACACCCCCGUUCACGCUCCCGCGUGCGCGCGCGUCUGUAUUGGCUGUAACCAGCAUAUCUUCGCUGGCAUCUUCAUCAGUUUUGUGUUGUGGAUCAACUUACAGUACACUCCGGCUCUUCAUCUGUCUUUGCGCGACCCCGAGGACCACCUGCUCCUCUGGAGUGUAUUUUUAAAGCAGGUGAGAGCACGCGGCUAGCGUGAAGCGCGCCACCUCAAAAGCGAACGUAUUCACUUGUAUCGGGGUGCACGCGUGUUCUCGUCAGCUUUUGGGGAAGGGUACAGUCUGCACCUCUCUUUUGUCGGAGUUACCGGAUCUUGGACUCUCACUGGGGCGGAUAAAGAGACAGUUCUCCGUCAGGAUCUCCUCGCGCCGCGACAACACCUGGGAAACCCGAUUGACUCAAGUGGAACACAGAGGAGAGUCCUGUGGAGCCUGUCCUUUAUUCACCCAGCGAGAGACAGCUGAGUUUAGACUCAGUUUAAACUCAUCUUGGCGAAUCUUCCGGGAACUCCAACCAACGGCAUGCACCACAUAAAAAGGUUAUGAGUGCACUUACAGCUCGGUGAUCCGCAUACAUAGACAAGCCAAUGAGAGGAUGGCCAGAGGUCACAUGAUCUACGGAAGCACCUAUCAGACGCUGCUACUGGUUUUAUUGAGCGUGCUCCAGCUGGCACAUACACAGACUCCCCCUCGCUUCAGCCGGACCCCAACUGAUCAGAUUGGUGUGCAGGGAGGCGUUGCCUCCUUUGUAUGUCAGGCCACGGGAGAUCCACAGCCCAAAGUCACUUGGAGCCGAAAAGGCAAAAAAGUCACCAAUCAAAGAUUUGAGGUGAUAGACUUUGAGGAUGGCUCAGGGUCCGUGUUACGAGUGCAGCCUCUGCGGACACCCCGCGAUGAGGCCGUGUAUGAAUGUGUGGCAUCUAAUGAAGCAGGAGAGAUCAGCGCCUCGACGCGUCUCACUGUUCUGCGCGAGGACCAGCUUCCUUCUGGUUUCCCGGCUAUAGAUAUGGGUCCUCAGCUGAAGGUAGUAGAGCGCUCUCGUACCGCUACCAUGCUGUGCGCGGCCAGCGGUACACCUGACCCGGAGAUCACCUGGUUUAAAGAUUUCCUCCCCAUAGAUACACACAUUCACGGGCGGAUUAAACAGCUGCGCUCAGGGGGUACGCCUAUCAGAGGUGCACUUCAGAUUGAUCACAGUGAAGAAACCGAUCAGGGAAAAUAUGAGUGUGUCGCGACCAACAGUGAAGGAACACGUUAUUCAACACCAGCUAACCUUUACGUCAGAGUGCGUCGCAUCCCACCUCGCUUCUCAGUACCGCCAAUGGAUUAUGAGAUCAUGCCGGGAGGAAGCGUGAAUAUCUCCUGUCAGGCUGUGGGCGUUCCUAUGCCAUAUGUCAAAUGGAUGCUGGGAGCUGAGGAUUUGACACCAGAAGAUGACAUGCCUAUUGGGAGGAAUGUUUUAGAACUCACUGACGUACGUCAGUCUGCCAACUACACGUGUGUGGCCAUGUCUACUCUCGGAGUUAUAGAAACCAUUGCCCAGAUCACAGUGAAAGCCCUUCCCAAUCCACCAGGAGCUCCUGUUAUAAUGGAGCGAUCUGCCACCAGCAUUACUCUGAUGUGGGACAGUGGAAAUCCACUUCCUGUUUCCUAUUACAUCAUUCAGUAUCGCCCCACCUCCUCCACCGACGCUUUUAAGGAAAUCGAUGCCAUAGCGACAACCCGCUACAGCGUGGGUGGACUCAGCCCUUACUCGCACUACCAUUUCCGGGUGGUGGCGGUGAAUUCGAUUGGCCGGGGCCCUCCGAGUCAGACGGUGGAAGCUCGUACGGCCGAGCAGGCGCCGAGUUCCCCUCCGCGUCGCGUCAGAGGUCGCAUGCUGAGCGGUUCCACGGCGAUGGUGCAGUGGGAGGAGCCAGAAGAAGCCAAUGGUCAGGUGGUUGGUUACAGGGUUUAUUACACAUCGGAUCCAUCGCUGCCCGUGAGCCAGUGGGAGAAGGAAAUGGUCCGCGGAGCAAAUUUUUUGAACAUACGGGAUUUGACGCCUAACAAAACCUAUUAUAUCCGAGUGCUCGCGUUUACCGCAGUGGGGGAUGGACCUCUCUCCAGCGACCUGCAUAUUAUUGCCAAGACAGGAGUACCAUCCCAGCCCACCGAACUGAAGGCAGAGGUGAAAUCAGAAACCAGCGUGCUUCUGUCAUGGAUCCCUCCGGCACACAGUGGCACAGAUGCCAUUAUGGGCUAUGAGCUCAUAUACAGGCUUGGAGACCAACCAGAGCAGAAAAUAUCAUUUGAUCCCAGUUCUAGUUAUCUGAUGAAGAACUUGAAGCCGUUUUCCACCUACAUAUUCCAGCUAGCAGCUCGCAGUAAACACGGCCUGGGGGCAUUCACCAGUGAAAUCACCGUUCAGACUCCACAGACAUACUCCGUCCCCCCUCCCCAGAAAAUUACAUGCAUUAGUCCCUCCUCCACAAGUCUGUUGUUAAGUUGGGCUCCACCCCUUACCGAUGAAAAUAGAGUCAUAACAAGAUACUCCAUCCGCUACGUGGCUGUCGAAAGGGAGAAAGACCCCGUACAAAGGAUCUCGGAUAUCCCAUCUAACUGUUUCCGGUACCGGAUAGAGGGACUGAGGAAAGGGUCCCUGUACUCUGUGACUGUUGCUGCUCACACAGAGGCCGGUCAAGGGCCAGAGAGCCUGCCAAUAUUGGUCCGAACAGAGGAUGACGUGCCCAGUGCACCACCGCGGGGUGUGGAUGUGGUGGUCUUAAAUGCCACCUCUGCCAGAGUGUCAUGGAAACCUCCAGUUGCUGAGCGACAGCAUGGAGUGAUCCGUGGCUACCAGGUGACGUACGUCAGACGCGCUGCAGGGGAUAGAACGGGCUCUCCCAGAAUUAAGGAACUCCUGUUGAGAGACUCCCAGCCACAGAAUGAUUCAAAACAAUAUGAGCUGCUUUUGUCUGAUUUGUGGCCUAACACAGAAUAUUCUGUUACUGUGGCUGCAUUUACUUCAAAAGGCGAUGGGGCGCGCAGCAAACCCACUCUCAUCAGAACUAAACCCUCAUUGCCAGGGUUGCCCUUGCUGACAGUUGUACCAUCAGAGGACGGCACUGUCCACCUGAAUUGGUUGCCUCCCCCUGCCGGUCUCUCCCCCGUGCUGGGUUACAGGCUGUCAUAUGGCCCGGCUGACCCCACCUCAGAUGCCUUGAUGGUGUUGGAGCUGGAAGCUGAGAAGCGCACACAAACCAUCCAAUUUCUGAGCCCCGGGAUGGUGUACGUGUUUCGCCUCGCGGCCCGAACCGCGUGGGGCUGCGGUGCUAGCGCUCAGGUCACACUUUUAAUACCAAACGUGGGGGAAACGACCACGGAGGAUGCGGUAACAGUCGCAGGGACGACAGAGGGUGAAAAUGUGAGCAUUCCGGAAACCAUUCCAUCUUUGGCUCUUUUAACAGCCGAAAGCAUUAAUUCCUCAUCUGCAAUCUUGAGAUGGGAGCCACCAAGAACCGGCAAGCAAAUCCGAGGUUACCGCGUAUGGUUUGCUGUCACCUACGCUAAUGGUACAGACAUUGCAAUGGAGUCGGAUGUUAAGGAGCCCACAGUUGUUCUCACUGGCCUAAGGGCAAAUACUGAGUAUGUGGCGAGAGUGUGUGUGCUUAGCAAACAUGGCCCUGGGCCCUAUAGUCUCCCCAUAACCAUCAAAACACAACCAACACAGGAAGUGUUCGCAGUAAACUUCAGAGUGAAAUCUGCCAUGAAGAGUUCAGUUCUGCUGACCUGGGAGUCUCGUACCGCCAGCAAUAAAGCACAGCCUCUCAUUAUCUCUUAUGGUGAAAGUGAGAGCGUGGAGGUGGAUGGGCGGCUCGGGCUAAAGUUGAUUACUAAGUUAAAGCCUCAGUCUCUAUACACCUUCCUGUUAACAAGUAAAGCUGACGGCACUGGAGGCCUGCAGCAUCGUGCGGACGCAAUGACCGCUCCAAAUCUGCUGACCAGGAAACCCCUGCUGCUAGACAAAACCAGCUCUCAGAGUGUUGCUACUCUGCAACUGCCUGCUGUCCAGGGACAGGCUAAUGUCAGGGGGUUCUACGUUGUGGUUGUUCCUCUGAAGAGACAAAGAGGAGGAAACUUCCAGAAUGCCUGGAGUGAUCCAGAUGAGAUGAACAUUGAUGAGCUGCUGAGAGAGAUUAAUGGCACCGGUCGCUCUGUGCGUCUGCGGAGGCAGGCGGAGGCGAAGCCGUACAUCAGUGCUCAUUUCCAGAAUCUGCCAGCUGAAUUUAAACUCGGGGACGGACGUGUGUAUGGCGCUUUUCUGAACCGACCGCUUCUCAACGGACAGGAGUACGUCUGCUUCGUGCUGGCAAUUCUCGAACUGGGCCAGAAUACUGUAUACUCCACAAGUCCAUUCUCCGAUGCCGUGCUGUUCUCAGACGUUGAACCGCAGCCAAUCGUAGACGAGGAGGAGGGGCUUCUGUGGGUUGUGGGGCCGGUGCUGGCCGUCAUCUUUAUCAUCAGCAUCGUCAUCCUCAUUCUUCUCUUUAAGAGCAAACCAGACAGGAAGCGGGCGGAGCUGGAGGGCAGGAAGUGCAGCUUUCCCAGCAACAGUAAAGCCAUGAAUUCCCAGCAUCCAUCUGACCCAGUGGAGCUGCGUCGAAUCAACUUCCCCACGGCCGGCAUGACCAGCCACCCUCCAGUAUCCAUCUCAGAACUGCCAGGACACAUAGAGCGGAUGAAAGCCAAUGACAACCUGAGGUUUUCUCAAGAGUACGAGUCUAUUGAUCCAGGCCAACAGUUCUCAUGGGAACAUUCUAACCUCGAAAUAAACAAGCCAAAGAACAGAUACGCCAACGUCAUCGCCUACGAUCACACCAGAGUACAGAUCUCCAACACUGACGGUGUUCCUGGUAGUGACUACAUUAAUGCCAACUACAUAGACGGAUACCGGCGUCAGGGAGCGUACAUUGCCACCCAGGGACCCAUGCCAGACACGUUUAGUGACUUUUGGAGAAUGGUCUGGGAACAACACACAUCAAAUAUCAUCAUGAUCACCAAACUUGAGGAGAAAUCGAGGAAUAAGUGUGAUCAGUACUGGCCCAGCAGAGGCACAGAGACAUAUGGACUGAUGCAAGUCUCUUUACUGGACACAGCGGAGCUUGCAACCUACUGCGUCAGAACUUUUGCUCUUGUUAAGAGUGGGUGUGGAGAGAAAAGGGAGGUCCGUCAGUUCCAGUUCACAGCAUGGCCAGAUCAGGGUGUACCUGAACACCCCACUCCUUUCCUGGCUUUCCUGAGACGGGUCAAGACCUGUAACUCUCCAGAUGCGGGACCUAUUGCGGUCCACUGCAGUGCUGGUGUGGGCCGGACAGGCUGCUUCAUCGUAAUUGAUGCCAUGCUGGAGCGUUUGAAGCAGGAGAAGACGAUAGAUGUGUACGGUCACGUGACUCUAAUGCGAUCUCAGAGAAACUACAUGGUGCAGACAGAGGAGCAGUAUGUCUUUAUUUAUGACGCGCUACUGGAAGCCGUUUCCUGCGGCAGUACUGAGGUUCCAGCGCGGAACCUUUAUGCCUACAUCCAGAAACUCUCACAGACAGAACCGCCAGAACACAUCAGUGGAAUGGAGCAGGAGUUUAAACGAUUAGCUAACGCCAAAGCACACAACUCUCGAUUCGUCAGUGCCAGUCUCCCGUGCAAUAAGUUCAAAAACCGAUUGGUCAAUAUCAUGCCAUACGAGACCACACGUGUCCCUCUGCAGCCAAUCAGAGGAGUGGAGGGUUCAGACUACGUCAAUGGCAGUUUCAUAGAUGGCUACAGGCAACAGGGGGCGUAUAUUGCGACUCAGGGGCCGCUGGCUGAGACAGUUGAAGAUUACUGGCGGAUGCUUUGGGAACAUAAUUCAACUAUAGUAGUUAUGCUCACUAAGCUCAGAGAAAUGGGAAGGGAAAAAUGUCAUCAGUACUGGCCAUCAGACAGAUCAGCACGCUACCAAUACUUUGUUGUGGAUCCCAUGGCGGAGUACAAUAUGCCUCAGUAUAUACUCAGAGAGUUUAAAGUCACGGAUGCAAGGGACGGACAAUCUAGAACUGUCCGGCAAUUUCAGUUCACGGAUUGGCCAGAGCAGGGCGUGCCGAAAUCUGGUGAAGGCUUCAUCGAUUUCAUUGGUCAAGUGCACAAAACAAAAGAACAGUUUGGUCAGGAUGGGCCAAUCACAGUACACUGCAGUGCUGGAGUUGGGAGGACAGGUGUAUUUAUCACUCUGAGCAUCGUAUUAGAAAGGAUGCGUUACGAGGGAGUAGUCGAUAUCUUCCAAACUGUCAAAAUGUUGCGUACUCAACGACCAGCCAUGGUGCAGACAGAGGAGCAGUAUCAGUUCUGUUAUCGAGCAGCGCUGGAGUACCUGGGUAGUUUUGAUCACUAUGCAACAUAAAACCGUCUCUUGGACCAAGGCCACAUCCUCACCCACUGGGACCUGCGUCUGAUCAAUCUGACAGCCUCUUUCUGUUGCCCACAGCCCAUAAGUCUGAAUGAUUUCUCCAGACAGCACACGAUUUAAAAGCCAGACAGGGAGGGCAGAUUUGUCGUAACAAAUUGUAGCUUGACUCAUAUGGUUAAAAGUUGCCAAGACAUAUUUGGAGUGGAGUGAAGGUCCUCAGGCAUUAGAGCUAAUCGGUCAACAGAUCCAAUUACAUUGAAUGAAUCUGACCAUGUGCUGUCUGGAUGGAUUCAGCGGACCAAUAAGAGAGAGCACAGGAGGAGACAACAUUCAGUUUGAUUGUAAUUGUUAAUUGUCAUAAUUUGUUUAACAGCAGAUCCCUCCAAAAACACAGAUUAAGUCAUGUUUAUGGAGGGAUGCAGACCAGGUUUACAGGUUGUAUAGUGGACCCACGUGAAUAAAUCCUACCGGAUAAAAUUGAUCACCCUAAACAUUGGUGCUUAUGCCAGUAUCAUGUUUGUUUAUCUGUAGCACGCACACAUGCAUACAAAUACAUAUCUUUCACAGAUUUAAGGAAAGGAAAAAUAGCAUAAACUGAGAUUUGUCUCAAAACUGUGCAAUAUUGAAAGUGACCGCACCUUCGAGUUUUAAACCACUAAAGUAUGAAAAAUAUUCACACUGUAAUUAUAUUGUCUCACUUAAAAAUCCUAUAUGAUAUACAGUAUUAGAAUAUAAUAUAUUAUAUAAUAUAAUAUAAUUUAUGAACUGUCAAUUGUGAUAUGUACAUUAUGUGAGUGAGGUACCUGUCAGUGCACAUAUGUUACUGAUUGCAGUAAAGUAAAAAAAACAAAAGAUUUUUCACUACAUUCUUACCAAAACAAAAAUUAUUUAGAUGCUUUCAGUUUCAGGUUUGACAGUUCACAUCAUUUCUAAGAAUGGGGUGACAUAUACAAUAACACAAAGGAUCAUUUGACACUGGUAGUGCCUUAUCAUACUGUAGUCACAUGUUUAAAAUGGGUUGCUAUUCAAGUUAUAUGUUUCCCAUCUAUGGAUACAAACCUGCUUUUAUGUUAAAAUAAAAAUAAUAUAUUAAAACUUAUAGAAUAUACAAAAUAUAAAAUGUUAAUAUAUCGCAUCUGCUAAAUUUAAUAUUAUUAACAUAUUUUACACCAAGACCAAUUUUAGGAAAAACUGAAUUUUUGGUCAUACUGUGCCCAGUCAAAAUUACUAUAAAAUCAUAUUGGUGAAAUCCAUUUUUGAAAGUUCAUUGUAUCUAUAAUGGGCCAAGACAACUGCGUAUUAUUACUAUUACGUAUAUUGUUGUAAAAAAUUGUUAUAAAUUAUUUGUGAUGCUGCAGGAAACUGUUAAUGUGUGCAAUCUAUAUUUCCAGGGAGUGUACAACAUUUGAACAUAUCUCCCAUUAUUAAUGCUAUAUGGGCAUUUUUACACACAGUAUAUUUGAUAGUAUCGAUAAUGUUAGUAUUAACGUCCUACAAAAGACAGUAUGAUUCAGAUUCGCUGUCAACUUGCGGGGUAUUUCAUAAAGAUUACAAAAAAUUCAAAUUAGAUUUGGAACUUGAUAAACAACGCCUUUGGACAUUUUUACUGCAGUUUGGCAAUAAACAAUGAUGCCCCUAACUUGGUAAAGUGUCAAUGCAUGACAAAUAAGAUCUGUAACCUUGGCAACAGAUUCUCGUACGUAUAUAAUUGCCCGGAGUGUUUUUAUCAAUACCAUUGACUAUGACCGUUUGUUUAUGGGUUUGAAAAUGACUCCACACUUGUUCUAUGCACUAACCCUUACUAUUUCUUCAACACAAAAUGUCAUUUGUAUUGAAUGAGUUGAACUUCACAGUGUUGCUCACAGUGUGUGCAUGUUUAGAGAAAAAAAAAACAUUUUGGUUACAAAGCUCAAAUAGAAAAUAUGCACAAUGUUAUUAAAUACUGAAUAGAAUACAGGGUGGUAUGAUAUAAGGACUUCCUUCUAGUCCGGUGGUUAUUGUCAUUCAUUAAGGACAUCUGGUCACUGCGAAUUUUAGCUGAUUUCAGUUUAAUGUUUAUUUCAUUUCUUUCUUGUUUUUAUGCAUAGUCCUGUUUAUAAACCAGGUUUUACAGAGUUCAAAUCAUCCACUGUCUACCUUCUCUGUAAUAGACUUUGAAAAGCAUAUUACCAAGUUUCAGGGUUUUUCAACUUUUGUUAAAUCUUGCUAGGCUUUUUUGAAAGAUUUGAAAGAUCGCAAUUAGAAUUCGUUUAGUGAAACCCUCAUUGCAGAACUCAGUGUUAAUGUGUAAGAAAAAAGUCUUUUUUUCUGGUGCAUGAUAGCCCCUGUUUGUACAAUGCAAAGGCGCACAUCUGAUUUAGAUGAAUUAUGACAACCGACAUUGUUUUGUGUGAAAAUAAACUAGCACAAUCUAUAUCAUGUAAUCUGACCAAAUAUGCAUUGUAUCACAAUUUUCGUACUGUUAAAUGUUGAUGUGAGAGGUUUUACAAUUUCACCCGUCAAUUAAUGUGAACCACAAAAGGGAAAUCUUUUACCUCUGAUUUUGUAGUAAAUGUAAAUAUUUCAGAGGAUGUUUUCUUUUUUUAAUUUUCCUACUUUAUGUUGUGAGGACAGAUGUGUGAGAAUACAGUUGUAUUCAUGGAAAAGUUUUAUUUGUUACAAAUAAAAUGGUAAGAAUUAUGAACUUC